AUGACGGAGCGCUCGCUGUUGAUACGAUGCACACAAGCGGGGCGGUACCUCGCCGUUGGGAUGGAUUUCCCAAGUGCACGUGUUUUUGAUGUGGCAACCGGAAACCUUGCGGCAGUUGUUAACGUGCCGGCGCAGAACCGUUUCUCGCUUGCUGUGGUGUCCUUAACCUCACUAUCGUUAGGAAUCGUAAACGAGCGGGUGGAGCAGCAACAAUCCACACGCAAGCGCGGUAAGGAGGGACGGAAAACUGAUUGCACACUUUACACAACUUUUGCGGCGGUGGGACUCAGCAAUGGCACAUUACUUCUGCAUAAUGUUGGGAAAGAUGAACUCGUUGGACACCUUUGUGUGUCAGACACGCAACAGGCAGUUGUAGCAACGGCCUUUACUGGCCAUUUUUUGCUUUGCGUAACCGCGGACCGCCUUCUGCACGUCGUGGACUGCAUUCGGGGGGAGCGCAUCGUGACUAACCUGCGGGUUCAACACGAUGCCAGUGCCAUCGCGGCGGUGGAAGAUGUGGUAACCUCAGCAGGACGUGACGACUUUAUACCCGAGUCCGUUUUCUGUAUCUUUAUUUCAGGACCAACAAAUGCCUUGUACAGACUUCGAAUUGGGAACAAUGCAACAAGUGGUGAUGUUGGCGGCGUGCAUAGUGCUGUAACUGCCUCCCUUGAUCGUCUAAUCACUUUUGCAUCGCAUACCUCCCGCACAGACAUCGCGUGGAUGGGUGGAACGCCUCAACAACCGGUUGUUAUUACUUCCAAUGCGCAAGAGGGCGCUGUACGUGUGUGGGACGCUCGCCCAUCACUUGAUGGUAGUACGGCAACAUCACGAUGCCGGAGGAGUUUGAUGUGUGGACAGAGAAUUAUCGGCAUUUCUGUAAGGGAGGGUGCGAGUAGCGGUGACGACAGGGGUCUGGAUGGUAUGAAUGACUUGCCCAGUGCUGCUAAUAAUGGGGCAAAGGGUGAGGGGGAUAUUGGUAGAAUGAGUGAUGGAGGAGCCCUAGUGGUUGUUACGACCUUUACAGGUACCGUACUCGUGUGGAUGCUCGGACGAUCCCUUCUUGUCGCUGUCGCUGAGCCAAUGCCGAGACCUCCCACAUUCCAACUUACGUCGCAGGACGAGUCUGGACGGCUGCUUUUCGCUUCACUACUUCCAGGCGCCAAUGCAGCUGAUGGCAGUUCCUCGUCGGCCUGCUCAUCGCUGCUGCUGCUUCGUGGGCGUUUUGCCGUACCGCAAUUCGAAGUGCUUGAUCUUUGUGAUGCCAUGUCAAAAGCUGUCAAACUGAAAGGGAGUGCAGCGGCAAGAAGGCGUACAGCACUCGUGGCAGGUGGCGGGGAGGUGGCAGUUUAUUUUGUGCCUUCUGAUACUCAAUCGAAAGCAUCUGCCGAUCUAGUCGCGUACAAUGAUUUGGAGACGUUGGAUAACGCGUGGGCGACACACGACCAACAACAACAGCGUCGAAUUUUGCUGGCGGCGCGUGCUACGAGAGCUGGGACGGAAGGGUUUGUUCCCGCAGUUUCGUAUCACGCGAAAAGCGUAUCAGAACUCCCUCAGAAGAGCCUAACACUCGAACAACGGCUGAAGCAACUGCAUGUCUCCGAAUCCAACGAAUCAACCGCUGGGCAGCAGCAGCAGCAACACGCGUUGGGAUUAGCAACUGUUCCCCUUUACCAAGCGCUUCAUGCGAACGAUACAUCUGCUGUGAUGGAACUUCUCACUGUAGCCUCUCGAAGUAGUGGUGACAUUCGGGCAACCGUAAUGUCGCUACAGCUGCCUUAUUGUUUACAACUGUUACAGUUACUCGGGCAGCGGGUGCGCGGAGCGUCCCCCUGUUCUCCUCUGUUUCAAUGGAUCGAUGCCAUUAUACGUUACCGCGGCGUUGAAAUGUAUCAGGUCCAACAGGAUCUGAAGCAAAAGUCGGCUGUUUCUAGCAGCGAUGGGGCCACGAAAGGGAUUAAACCCGAUCAACCAUCCCCACCGAAGGACUUUGUUGCGCCGCUUCUUCAUCAGUACAGGAACAUGGUUUCCCUGUACGACCAGAUUGCAGUUAUGUAUGGACGUCUUUCUAUUUUCAAAUCUGUUUUCCCGUCGGAACGAAACGUGUCUGCAAACUCUCACGGCGACAUCAUAUUUCCCAAAAUGUUUGUGGAGAAAAAGUACUCGGGCGGCUUGUACUCGACGGCAACGACAGAGCGCAAGGUGGAUUCACUGUCUUCCAAGAGAAGGAAGAGCCGAAAAGACGGUAAUAAAAAGAAAGGAGCCAGACCAUCUUCAAAGUCGAAGAGGAAAGCAAAGAAGGGGGCUGCAGCCUCUAAAGAAAAUGAAGAGGAGGAUAAUGACAUGGACAGUGAUGAGGAGCUGGAUUUGGAUGCUCUUGAUCAAAUGGUUCUGUCCGAUGGUGACGUAAACGAGGAGGAUGAUGUUGACGACAAUAGCAGUGGCACUGAUGACGAAGAGGAGGGUAAUAGUGAAGUUAGCGAUGAGGAGGAGGAGGGUGAUGAAGAUGCAACUGAGGAUGAUGAAGAGGACGAGGGGGAUGCUAUUCACAAAAAGAAACGGGCGCGUGGGGAGCAAACCACGGCGAUGGUCGCUGAGUCUGAACGCGGCUCAUCAUAUGGAAUGGAAUCCCGUCACAGUGGUGAGGAAGAUUUUGAUUCCGGAAGUGAUGAGGAGGUAGGUCUCGCCGCAGCGCCGUCCGAUGGCAGUGAUGAUGAAGAAAGUGCGGAUGACAGCGAAAGUGAUAGCACAUCUAGUGGGAGAAGUGGGGCUGAUGAUAUUCCGGACGGCAACUUUGACGAUGACGACGAUGAGGAUGAUUUGGAUGAGGAAGAUGAUGGCAUCGGUUCCGAUGUAGCGGAGCUGUUGAAUAAUGGCAGGAAUGGGGAUGAUGAGAGUGAUGAUGAGGAGCGACACGAACUUCGUCGCUACAAGCGAGCUAAAGCGGAUGGUUAG